AUGCAGCGCACUCCUCCGCCCCACGUUCCCUGGGUAUCCAUCGCAGCAUUCCACAGUCUUCCAACACCGGCGCCCUCACCACAACUCUUUCCACAAUUACCAGAAGCAGGAAGCACAUGUCCCCCGACUAUAACCACAAUGAUAUCGACCCAAGCUGAAGAUUUCAAUCGUACAGUUCGAAUGGGCUUUCAAAACAUGGAUAAUCUGCAACGACAACGACUCCUCGCCGAACUAUUAAACACAUGUAACACCGAACAGUUGGUGUUUGUCUCGAACUAUAUCUCGCCACGCUUGAAACGCGACUUCUUAAAAGACCUUCCAAUAGAAAUUAGUCUGCACAUUCUUUCAUUUAUUGAUGACCCAAGGACUCUUUCGAGAGCUUCGAGUGUCUCGAAGUUUUGGCGUUCUUUGCUCAAUGAUGACUAUACCUGGAAGAAUUUGUGUGCACGCCACCAUUAUUACUUUCACAAUAAACGAUGUAACAGCAAUAGUAAUAAUAGUAGUAGCCUAUUACUAGAAUCUUCUAAUUCAAAUUCUCGAUGUGUGAGAUUUUCUUAUAAAGAUCAUUUUCGACGACGGUAUGUCGUGGAAUCGAAUUGGAAAAAUGGAGGAAGGACACUAAAGACUCAUAUAAGUCCUGAUUCGGGCGUGGUUACUUCUUUGCAAAUGUGUGAAAAUUUUAUCGUUGUCGGCAUGGACAACAAAAAAAUUCAUGUAUUUGGCGCAUCAAAUGGAAGAUAUGUGAAAACGUUGACUGGUCAUGAAGGUGGAGUCUGGGCAUUACAGUAUUUCGAUGAAAUCUUAGUAUCUGGAGGAUGUGAUAGAGAUGUACGAGUGUGGAAUCUUAUCACUGGGCAAUGUAAACAUGUUCUUCAUGGUCACACUUCUACUGUUCGUUCAUUAAAGAUGAAAAAUAGUAAGAUAGCUGUUAGCGGGUCUCGAGACACAACACUUCGUAUUUGGGAUAUUGAAGAAGGUCGGAUGCUUCACUUGCUUGCUGGGCAUCAAGCGAGCGUACGAUGUAUAGAAAUAUAUGAGAAUUUGAUUGUGUCUGGAAGUUAUGAUUGCACUGCUCGGGUUUGGGAUAUGUCGACAGGACAAUGUCUACAUGUCCUUCAAGGACAUUUUUCACAAAUAUACUCGAUUGCGUUCGAUGGGCAAAAAAUCGUGACUGGAUCUCUCGACGCAACAGCUCGUGUUUGGUCAGCGCAAACAGGUCGAUGUCUGGGCGUACUACAAGGUCACACAUCUCUCGUAGGUCAGAUGCAACUCCAUGAAUCCACACUAGUAACAGGCGGAAGCGACGGCGCAAUUCGAAUUUGGGAUCUCGAAACUAAUCAAUGUGUUCAUCGUAUCGCCGCGCACGACAACUCCGUUACCUGUCUACAAUUCGACGACAAACGUAUUGUAUCUGGCGGGAAUGACGGACAUGUCAAAUUAUGGGAUGUGCAAACCGGAAGCUUUAUCCGCGAGUUAACGACUCAAGGAAAUGCUGUAUGGCGAUUGGCUUUCAAUGAUACAAAGGCGGUGAUUCUGUUGCAACGUGAAUCGAAAACUGUGAUGGAAGUUCUUGACUUUGAUGAAUGUGAUCAUCUUAGUGUUGAAUGUGAUGAUACUUGGAACUGA